GCUGAACUUUGUGUUUUGUGCCAUUACUUUUUUAAGUAUUGUGCCCGAUUAUAGUUGUGUUAUGGAUUCCAGAGCUGAGUUUGGAUACCCGGCUGGUUUGAUGUCUAAUUGUCCUGGAUCCACAAAACCAGCGCUCAUCCCCAAGAGCCAGCUGAAGUACCUGUCAUUCGUGGUCCAGGGCAACGGGAGGACCAGGCAGAAGUACUCCUACUGGAACGCCAAGAACAUCGCCAAAGAUCCCAGAAUUAACUUUAAAAGGAAAACUCUUCUAGUGGCCAUCGGUUACCUGGACAGCCCGAACCUGCCGAUAUCCGCGAUGUUUGCCAAUGAGUACGAAGAGCGGGGAUACAACGUCAUCCUCGUCGACUAUCAGAGAUUUGCCACCGUACACUACCAUCUGGCAACCCGCCUCAUGCGACCAGUGGGCAUGCACGUCGCUGAAGUUUUAGUCCAACUCACACAAAACGGUCUAGACCCAUCAAAACUAGAACUCCUAGGUUUUAGCCUAGGCUGCCACACAGCCAGCUUCAUAGCCAGACACUACCAAACCAUGACCGGUCGAAACAUUUCCACUCUAACCGCUUUGGAACCUUCAGGACCAUGUUUUCGGAACUUAGGACCGAAUGAUAGACUGGACGCGUCUAACGCAGACUUCGUUCAAGUCAUACAUACGAAUAUCGACGGCUACGGCAUGGCUACUCCCAUGGGACACAUAGACUUCUACGUCAACGGUGGGGAGUACCAACCUUCGGACAUCGGCUUUUAUCCUUGCACAACGACAUGCAGCCACUUCAGAAUCCUCCCACUCUGGGUUUCAGCUAUCAAAAACCCUAAAAAGUUUAUCGGGAUGAAAUGUAAGGAUAUUCAGCAAGCGAGAGAUUCUGAUUGCUAUAGUAAUGUGCCUUUAGAAACUAUAGUCAUGGGACUGGGUAUAGAUAGAAGUAAGAGGGGUAUAUUCUAUUUGGCUACGAGUAAAGAGUAUCCCUACUAUUUGGGCGCAAAAGGUUUGAAACCGGAGUACGUGUAUUGGAAGACGUUGACAGAUAUUAAUGAUGGGGAUGAAGUGGAAAUAUAUACGUAGGGUGAGGUCAGGCUGUGGGUGAAGCCUUUUCAGUAUUAAUUGUAUUUGAUAAAUAGAUAUCGUGUGGAGAAGUUCCAAUUGCCUAUUGACUUUUAGGACAUCUGAGGCACAAGAGGUAAUUGCAUAUAAUUGUUUUGAAAAAAUGAUUGCGUUUAGCAUUUUGCUCUGGAACGAUUUGAUCUAGUUAAUCUCCAAUGAAAAAACAACUCUAUUCCUAAAAGUAUAAAAGUGAAAUUACAUGAAUAUAAAAUCGCGGUGUCGGCUGUGCAGUAAUGUACUGAGCCUAUCUCACAGUAACAUUAUAGAUGAACAUUGUGAUAUGGAGACAAACGCAGAUGUUGACAACAUUCCUCACGUGUACUAUGAAACAUAUUAUUAUAACAAAAUGUUGAGAGUAAUGUGUAUAAUUUUUUAUCUAAGUAAAACGAAGGAUCUAUGAAAUGUUUUGCCAUCUGAAAACAUGUCUUUAAAAGAAAGCAUAUUUGGCUGCGAUUAAUAAAAUAUUCUUAGUCCUUUUUCCACAUGUUGCGAAGGACAAGAUUUGUUACGAGUCAGUUCCUAAGUUCUACAGUAAUGCU